AGAUAUGACGACGGUACGACCAUGGGUACUGUCCUUGUGUUAUAUCCUACUACAGAUAACUUCCUCCUCAGCUAGAAUAGAACAAGUCGAAGCCCAGAAAGAUGGUGUCAAUCGAAUUGACAAACAUCAUAAGAAUCCUUACGGGACAUGGGAGAACAGGAGGCUUCACACUCUCGAUAUCUGGCUUGACAAUGGGAUCUUUAGCCCAGAACUUAAAGAAACAGAUGAAUUCGGCCCAAAUAAAUGGUACAGCAUACAAUUCUUCAUGACCCUCGAGGACGCAAUGAGCAACGAUCCCGACAGAAAUUCCGUGGUAUUCAGCUUUAAUUUGCACAGUACUGUUCGAUCAACCUUUACAUAUCUAAACUUUAAGAACGAGCCACUGGGACCAGAGACCGUUCGCUACGAGAUUACCACCUCAAUGUUUGACAUCAGCAACGCUACCACACCAGUCAACACAAGCGUGGACUACACAAAGACUAUCUUCAAGUUUAACGCCACCCAUAUCAUGAUGUGGACUAAUGACAUCCUCACUGUCAAAGUAUUCCUGAGAGACAUUCCUCUGGAUCUCGGAGACACAAAAUUCUUUAAAUUCCUCAACUUUGACGAAGGCCACCAGGAUCUCUACAAAAUCUACUAUUGGGACCCGACAGUGUUCUGUUGGACCGAUUGUUACGAUGACGAUCUCCCGGACAGGUUUCACUUUGAUAGAGAAGCAGUAGCCCAGUACAGCGAAAAAGAUUUAGGAGAAACUUGCAAGAUUGUUAACUGCACAUAUGAUAUGGGGGAGAAACUGGUGGGUAGCUCGAUGACCCCCUCAGAUUUUCCACGCUGUGUAAGACUACAUCAUACCCCUCAAGGAUCGAACAAGCAGAAAACUUUACUCAAGUGCACCAACGAGAACUACACAUAUACGGCAUGUGAAGCGUUCCCGGAUAAGCCUUGUUGGUACGAAGUUUGUGAUAACUACGAUCUCUGUAACUCCUCAUUUUCUCACCUCCCUUCCCUUCCUCUCCUCCUAUUCCUCAUUUUCUUCCUCGCCACACAGAUCAGCUCUGUACUCCGGUAGGGUCAUUUUAUUGACGUUCUCAGACCUUCUACAAGGACUGUUCAGAUGCGUUCCCGGAAAAAACAACAGAUAGUUGGGACGGUUGAAAGUUGAGACUGCAGAUUGCCUGGUCCCGGGUCCUUAGUUGCUAAAAAGUGUCCGUUAGUCUUGGCAUUGAUAAUUGAACGUUCGAUGAUCCCCUAGUAGUAGUAAAUUGAAAGAAAUGGUGGACUUUAAAUGUUAGUACUAAUAUUGCUAUAUAAAAUAAGAGGCGGCUAGCGGCUACAUUAAGGGAGGCGGCUACAUUAGGGAGGCGGCUACAUUAAGGGAGGCGGCUACAUUAAGGGACCCCGGCUACAUUAAGCAUUAAGCCUAAGGGACCGGGGCGCUGACGGGAGCUAGCUAAAUGUUGUUUCCAAGCGUGACACCAAUACAGGUUUUUGAUUAUACUUGCGAUCAAAAACUCGUCAAUGCUUAACUUCGUGCACUGUACGUAUUCAUUGUAAACAAUGUUCACUGAACAUGUAGUCUGAGUUUUUAAGCUUAGAGUGGUCUAGCUCGUAAUGAAAAUAGCUGUGAUGACUUGAUUUAUUAUUUCAGUGUUUUGGUUUGAAUUGCUGCGAGCUAUCUUUUGAGUUUCUAGAAAUUUGAGGAUUUCUAUUUAAUUUUGCAUUUUGAUUAUAAUAAUACUGAUAAGCUUUAUUGUAUGAAUUUAAUCUUCGCUAUUUCUUUGAUAACUGAAUGAUUUAAUGGUUAAACAAGAAGUUUGCUUUUUCCUGCUUUGAAAUUAAUUUUAUUUUGAAUUUGAUUUCGUGGUUGUGACUAUUGCUUUUUGACUUUGUCCAAUUUU